CGUAAGCUCACUAGCAAGGUACAACUCCUAUUGACAUGCUCGGUCGUUAUGGGACGUCUCGGGGCGAACUAAGCCAUUUUAGUAGAUUAGAAUCUCAUAGGAAAUGAACUAUUUACGUUUCCAUUCUAGGAAACGGAGACUAAGCACAAGGGGUUGCAAAUUUGCAACUUCCCAAAACGGAAUGGCAGUGCGUUGUAGAACCGCCGUAACGUUAAUGCGGGAAAUUAGAUUCAGCUCUAGCAAUCGCAGCGAGACAUAUUCCUGCAUGUCCCGGAGCGUAGAAAGUGCAAGAGAGCCAACUAUUGAGACAGUUAUCCCCCUUGCCCUACUCGAAUAUUGCCGGAGUGCAAGCAGAGGGAUUUGUGGUGAGUUCCGUGCCACUCCUAGUGCUGGCAGUCGAAUACUCCCCAAUUCCUGAGGUUCAAACACGCAUUAAUAUGCCAUUAGACCAGUUUAUAAUUUUUAGUCACUAUAACCAGAAUUACAUGGAAUGCGAACGAAAUGAGCAACAAUAUAGAUUACAAAAUUACUUUUAAAGCGCCAUCCUCUUCACCGCUUGCCUUAU